UUCCUGGCAAAAUAUUUGGCAGUGUUUUGAAUAUACGAAAUAUCAUUUGUACAUCAAUAUAUUUUUAUGUUCAUGUUGGAUGAAGUAAGUUACGUCUAAUUCGACAAAACUACUGCUAAGUUUUAUAGUCGAUAAGUGUAAAAAUGAAAAAUUUCGGUCACCGCUGGAUAUGAACUAAAGUUAUACCACAAAGUCACUGCUAUUUCAUUUGUCUGUCGGCUCACGUUGUUGAAACUGUAAACUUUCGGUCAAAGAAAGUCGUGCUUUGGUUUUCCUUGCGUUUUAGCCUUCUUCUCAAUCAAAACAGCUAUGUCUUUUGGAUUGGAUGAUAUCGAUUUAGCCACACUGAAGGAUCCGGCCGGAUUUUUUGAACUGGUCGAAGUUGUUGGCAAUGGAACCUAUGGACAAGUCCAUAAGGGUCGACAUAACAAAACAGGGCAGUUAGCUGCAAUCAAGAUUAUGGAUGUGACAGAGGAUGAGGAAGAAGAAAUAAAAUUGGAAAUCAACGUUCUUAGAAAAUACUCAAAUCAUAGAAACAUUGCCACGUAUUAUGGUGCAUUUAUCAAGAAAGGCUUACCAGGACAGGAGGACCAACUUUGGCUUGUCAUGGAGUUGUGUGGUGCUGGAUCAAUUACAGAUCUUGUCAAAACUAGCAAGAAUAAAACUCUUAAAGAAGAAUGGAUAGCAUUUAUUUGUCGUGAAGUUUUGAAUGGCGUCGGUCAUUUACAUCAACAUCGAGUCAUUCACCGUGACAUCAAAGGACAAAAUGUCUUGUUGACAGAUAAUGCUGAAAUCAAACUUGUCGACUUUGGGGUCAGUGCUCAGUUAGACAGAACUAUUGGUCGGAGGAAUACAUUUAUUGGAACGCCAUACUGGAUGGCACCUGAGGUUAUCGUGUGUGAUGAGCAACCAGAUGCCACGUACGACAAUAGGUGUGAUAUAUGGUCGGUUGGUAUAACAGCUAUCGAAAUGGCCGAAUCUGCUCCUCCUUUGUGUGACAUGCAUCCCAUGCGAGCACUCUUUCUUAUACCUCGAAGUGAUCCACCCAAACUGAAAUCGAGGAAAAAUUGGUCAAAAAGGUUUCAAAGCUUCACUCAGACGUGUCUUUUGAAGGAUUACCACAGAAGACCGACUGCUGACCAUUUACUGCAGCACGAAUUUGUUCGCGAUAUGAAAAUUAACGAGAGAAAGAUUCGAAUCGAAUUGAAAGACUUUAUUGAUCGAAUGAGAAAGAGACGAAUUGAUCCCGAAGACGACUUUACUUUCUCUGGAAGUGAUGAAGAGGACGAUACACAACUGGCCAGAGCGAUUGCUGAUGAUAUGGGGAAUGGCGGCGAGUCAACCACGUUACGAAGAAAUCUUACUCUGAUGCAGGGAGGAAGUUACAACGUUGAAGUACAAGGUCUUCAAGCAGAACCUCGGCGUUAUUCAAGACAUGGCAGUACUAGUGCACAGAUUGCUCAAGAUGCGGACAGUGAUAUAGAAUACAGUGAUCGAACAUUGGACGCAAGUCAAUCAAAAGGCUCUAGAGAGGAGUACUCGGACGAAACUAUAAAAAUAUCAAGACAGCUUCAACGAUCGAAACUAGAUGAUUCCGGACAUUUUACGAAAGACGACGACGAUGAUUCAAUUUCUGGAUCGUCCUCGACAAGCUUUGGUGAAAGUGGACAGACUCCAACCUCGUUUGUUGGUAGUUUGCCUGACGUUUUGCCCGAAAGACAGCUGAAAGAACUCAAGGAGAAAGAUAAGAGAAAUAAAUCGAAACAGAAAGACGAUGUCGACGAUCAGUCCAUAUCAGACGAUUCUAUUUCAUCGUCUUCGUCAUAUAUGGAUGAUAAGAAAUUAAGGAAGUCUUCAAAAUCCUUCGUAUUUGGCAAUCGACAACAAGAUCCCGCUGAAGUUACUGUCAAUGUUACACCGGAAAGAACAGCGUCUUAUUACGAUGACUCAACCAUGCCUAAAAUUGAAAAAUAUAAAUACAAGUUCCGAUCUGAAAUUCUCUGCGGCGCGCUUUGGGGUGUAAAUCUUCUCAUUGGAACAGAAAAUGGACUGUUUUUACUUGACAGAAGUGGCAAUGGAAAAGUAUUCACCAUGGUAUCAAGGCGAAGAUUUGAGCAAAUUGAUGUUCUUGAGGGAAUAAAUGUUUUAACAAGCAUAAGUGGGAAAACGAAUAAAUUGAGAGUGUAUUAUUUAUCGUGGUUGAAGAGUAAAAUCGUAAAAGCAGACGAAGCGGACAAAAAUAGAUUACGUGGUUAUGUAACCGUUGGUGAUCUUGAAGGUUGUACACACUAUAAAGUUGUUAACUUUCACCGCAUCAAAUUCUUGUCUAUAGCUGUGCAAGACAAAAUUGAGGUUUAUGCCUGGGCACCGAAACCUUAUCAUAAGUUCAUGGCUUUUAAGUCUUUUUCGAACCUUGUUCCGAGACCUGUAAAAGUAAACAUGACAGUUGAGAACGAUCAGAGCAGAUUAAAGGUCAUAUAUGCUUCUGAAAGUGGUUUUCAUGGUGUUGAUCUUGAUUCGGCAUCAGUUUACGAUUUGUACAUACCAUCACAUUUGACCGAAAAUUUUCAGGCACAUGCCAUAAUCCCUCUUCCAGAAUCUAACGGACGAGAAUUGCUGCUUUGUUUCAACAAUGAAGGUGUUUAUGUGAACAAUUCUGGCAGUUUAGUAAAACAUGCUGUCAUGCAGUGGGGUGAAACGCCUCAUGCUGUUGCUCACGUCGGUUCUGGACAGGUUAUGGGUUGGGGGAAAGCUAUUGAAGUACGUUCUGUACAAACUGGACAUUUGGACGGAGUGUUUAUGCAUAAAAAAGUUCAAGCUUUUACAUUUCUUUGUGAAAGAAAUGAGAAGAUAUUUUUUUCUUCAAAGACCAGUUCCAGCUCACAAGUUUUCUACAUGACACUAAGUAAAACCUUUAAAAACUUUCGUUGUUAAAUCUUUGAAGAGCUACAAUAAUCUAGUUUUGAGUAAAAAGCGUAAAAUAAUGAAAAAAGCAUCGACCAACGAAUGUUUUGACGAAUGCAUUCACAAAAAUGGAGUGAAGAGUUUUGUUGUGAACCUCUGGCAUUUUCUCCUCAACAUAUGCAAUCAUUCUCCUCGUAUAUAUACACGAAGAUGGCUCCUUUUACUACAAGUCAACAUAAAACAGCUGCUGUUGUGGAAGUUUUUAUAUUGCGAUACGUUGUAUAUAGUUAUAGAGUAUAUAGGUAGUAAGAUUUCCAUUUUCUUAACAUUCCUUGAUAAUGUUCAUACUUGUACCUAAAAAAAUGUUAAAUUUUUGGUAUUUUUAUAUAUGCGGAGUGUACGCAAAACCGAUUGUUUGGAAAUGCCUAAACACCUUUAGACAACUGCGUUUUCGAGAGCAUAAUCAAAUAGCAAGAUAUUUUAGUUUUGAUAGAAUGGUUGAUAGUACCAUUGAUAGAAUGGUUGAUAGAACCAUUCAUUUUUUCUUUUAUGUUAUAUUUUAAUUCAUAACUGUAUAAUGUUUACAUCGUUCUGAAAGUUUAAUGAAGUUGUUGAUAUGGGUUUA